GCGCUGGGCGGUUAACGUUUGAAUUGUUUUUGAAGAAGUUUUUUUUCGUGUCAUUGAAUAAAGCUAACAUUAAUCACCGUUUACGAUGGACUCGGUCGCGGUCCAGUCUGUCCGAGGUUUUCAUACCAUCCUGCUCCAACUUUGUGACCAAGAAUACAAAGGGCUGUUAAAGGACCCCAUGCUGUAUGAGGAUGAUAUCCAAGUCCAUAUUGUAAAUGAAGUGAACAGAAGUCCCUUGCAAGCUUUCUGGAAGAAGAAUGUGCCCAUCUUUAUAGCAGAGAGAGCAUCACUUAAAGUGGAUGAGGACCAAAUGGAAGACUCCUCUAUUAAUGAAUCCAACAAUCUAAUGUCUAUCAAGUUGGAAGAGAAUAUGGGACCUUUGCCCCUCUCUGUCAUGAAGGCAAGACAGUUGGUUUCUUGGUACACUUUGGCCCAUAAUCCACACAUGGCCCAGGUGAUCAACUGCAGUGUAUCAACUGCCUUUCCUCUGCUGUGGGUAAGAUGCGAUGGUUCGGAUCCUGAAGGUACUGUUUGGCUAGGAGCUGAACCUGUGAAUACCGGGAAGGAGAUUACGUCCAUAGUUUUCCAUAUAGUUACAUGCACUGGACCAAUUUUUGACAAAAACUCUUUCCCGAGCAUAGAAAAAUUGAAAAUUGCCCAUAAAGACAGACAUCCUAGUUCUGCUGUCAUAACAAAGGGCUAUGCACAGUAUGAUUUGUUUGGUACCACUGUAUUGGAGAAUACACUUAUGGAAUCCCAGAGUAAUAUUAUGGUGGAUUUCACUUGGAACAAUGUGGACAAAAUUUUAGAAAUUCCACCACUAACAUCAGCUGCGACACUGAAUAUCAAAGCGGAACCUGGAGAUGUGAGAAGUCCUGUCAUCCAAAUAUAUAAGGAGCUAGAAUUUCUUCUCGUUUUAGCUCAAGGUUUGAAAACAGGAGAAACAGAGUGGCCAGAACUUCUAGAAGAAAAGUCUGCCGUGACUGUUGUGCAGGAGUUAAUUGAAGACCUAAAGAACCAACUCAAUGUCUCUCAACAGCAGCUGAAGAGCAAGGAGACAGAGAAAUUGAAAAGUGAUGCAGCUGCUGUUGAAUCAACCAUUCAUGCAUCAUUCGCUCCUGAACGUGGAGAUCUUGAUUUUGCAGAGCUGCUUUGGACUGGAAUGCGGAAAACUGUGUCUUCAUACCAGGAUGUGGUCGAUUGCUUGGCACUAGUCAUUCAACACUUAAAAUGCAAGGACAUUCAACCAUGGAUCCAUCAAGGCAGCAACAGUUCUCUCAGUAAGCUGAUCCAGCAAUCAUACCAGGGGACCUUGCCCACUGUCUCUGUUAAUGGAAUUACUGCUAUCCGAAUGCUGUUGGAGAUAGGAUUGGAUAAAUUGCAGAGGGACUACAUAAACUAUUUUAUAGGUCAAGAGCUCACUACUUUGAAUUACUUGGAUUACUUUGUGAGUUGCACCAUAAGUCUGGAAGAGCAGAUGCUCCGUCUCCAAAAACUCCACCACGUGCUUGAGCUGGUGGUGAGUUGUAGUGCCUUCCUGAACUUGAACCAUGAAAACCUCUUUACGCUGACACAGUCAUGCUUGCGAUUCUACAAAGACAAUCCACUUGAUGAACAGCAUGUUUUUCAGUUGCCAAUCAGACCCACAACCAUCAAUGCUUUCUAUGAGAAUGAGCACCCUAUCAUGUGGAGAAUGGAGAUUAUUAGUUGCCACGGGCAGAGAGAAUUAAAGACGGUAUGGCAACUCAACACUAGGCCACCAGUGGAUCACGUGACAUUUAAUACCGCAGAUCUGCCAGUUGAUGAUACAGCUUUGAAUCAUGAUUAUGAGGAGGCAAUUUAUUACAACACAGUGAUAAGCUGCAGUCAGGCACAUUUCAUGUAAACUUUCAAGAGAAAAGAGAAAUAAAUAACACGGUCUUCUUUAGGGAUCCUUUAUGGAAUACAGGAGCUGAUGGUUGCAAAUGCAGAGAUUAUUGUGAAAUUAUUAUACAUGGGCUCAGCUCAUAUUUGGAUUGAUGGACUGAAACGCUUCUUUUUGCUCUGGACUCUCUUUAUUCCUGAAGAAAAUUGAAUGACGUCACUCACAUACCUGCAGCAAGCAGUGCAUUGGUGAUGGAACAGGUCUCUGCAGCUUUGCGUUUCCAAUUCUCAAUCUAGUGGAAGAUAGCAGAAAGAUUGUUUGUGUACUGUCUUGAAUGUAAGGGUCUGUUUAAGGAAAAAAGCACCUGAGCAUCGAAGGUGAACUAUUUCCUGGAACUACGAAAUAUUUGGUGUUCAAAUUUUUGUAGCCCAUAUGUCUUAUUUUAAAAAUAAGUUGGAUCUUAGUGCAUUCUUUACUAUUUUUGCCAGGAGUUAUCCACUCUUUAUUCUACAGCAGAAACUGGGACACGGGCUGUAAAGCAGUGAUUGUUUAGUAAUUCUGUAGGAUUUUCAGGAUUAAAAUGUUACUGUCUUAUUUGAUAGCUGCCUUUUAUUCAAAUAAGUUUUGAACUACCUGCUGUGUUCAAAGUGAAAUAUAUCAAAACUGCAAUUGACAGAGCUUGUUCAAAUUUGUGUUGGCCGCAGUGUAAUUAUUAAAUAAACAUGGUAAAAUACAUGACCACAUAAAUCAGUCGUCCACAGUCUUAAACCUUCCCUUCAGUUUUCCACGUUAUUCGUUUCUACUGCCUCCAUGAGCAGUCACCUCCUUAUAUGUAGCUUCUGCAUACGACUUUUAAAUCUAAACUUCCUUCUAAGUUCAUGCCCUGGUUUCUGUUUAUAAAGCUUCAUGUUGGCUAUUUGUCACCUCUCAUCAAAAAUAAGUUUUAUUUUUGCUCUAAUGAAAAAAAGUUAUUACUCACUUCUCUUUGGUUCGGAAACCCAUUUGAGCUGAUCAUCUUCCUGUAGUACUGAACCGAGGCUUUGGGGUACCUCCUCUUAUUCUUGCUUUUAAAAUCGAUGUAAUAUAACCCAAACCUUUCUGAAUAUCCUUCAUCCCAUUCAAACUUAUCCAGCAGUGACCACGAUGUGUAUCCCUUGACUUUAACGCCAUCCUUAAUAGCUGCAGCAAAUUUUAAAAUCACAUUCUGUUUUAAAAUCUGACAAUCGAAAAUUUCCAAAAAUUCAGAGCAAUUCCAUGAGUGUAGAGCACUAUUCAGAAAGCUUUUGAUAAAGUCCCAUAUCACAGGUUAUUUUGCAAAAUUAAAGCACGUGGAAUAAAGGGUAGUAUACUGGCAGGAACUAGGAUUUGGUUAACAGACAGAAAACAGGGUGUAGGAAUAAAUGGGAUAAAACGGUGUGAAGCUGGAUGAACACAGCAGGCCAAACAGCAUCAGAGAAGCAAGAAAGCUGAUGUUUCGGGUCAAGACCCUUCUUCAGAAACUUGAAAAGCUUGUAGGAAUAAAUGGGUUGUUUUUGGAGUGGAGGAGUUGUCAAGAAGGGCACAGCAGGAACCAGUGAUUGGACCCAGCUAUUUGCAGUAUAUAUCAAUGAUUUUGAUAAGGGAAUUAAGUUUUAUAUUUCCAAGUUUGUUAAUGAUAUAAAUCUAGCUGGGAGUGAGAGUGGUGAGGGGGUCAUUAAGAGGCUUUGGAGUGAUUUGGACAAGUUGAGUGAGUAGGCAGUUGGUGGCAGGUUCGGUAUAACGUGGAUAAAUGUGAAGUUUUCCACUUCUUUAGGAAAGGCAGAAUAGCAGAGUAUUAUUUAAAUGAGUGUAGAAUGGGUAAUAUUGAUUUACAAAAGGACCUGGGUGUCCUUGUAUGCUAGCAAUUGAAAGCAAUCAUUCGGAAGGCAAAUCAUAUAUUCCAAGUGUAAGUAAAAGAGCAAGGAUGUCUUUAUGCAGCUGUAUGUGGUCUUUGUGAAAUCACACUUUGAGUAUGGCGAGCAGUUUUAGUUUCCUUACCUAAGAAAAUGUACUUGUCUUGGAGGGAGUACGGUAAAGAUUCACCAAAAUGAUACCUGGGAUGACAGGUUUGUUGUAUGAGAAGACAUUGUGUUCACUGGGCUUGUAAUCAUUGGAGUUUAGAGGAAUGUGAAAGGGAUCUCAUUGAAUUACAUAAAAACCUUGACGUGGCUGGACAGACUGGAUAAUGGGAUGAUUCCUCCCCUGGCUGGAGAGGCCAGAACAAGGCGCCACAAUCUCAGGAUA